UCUACAUCCACCAUAGUAACCUUUUUGGCUUCGACACAGCUUGCGAAUAUGACCGAGUGACCCUUUCGUCAGUCAAAGUCUCGACCGGCACCUUCCCAAGCAAUAUUAUAUACGCUCUUUCCCGUUCGAUGGCAAGGCAGCAGCCACCGUUCGUGCUCUCGCUAGCUUGGCCAGACCCUAGGAGGAUACUCUCAUAACGGCAACUUCAUGACACGAUUGAGAAAGUAUCCUCGUAUCGAACACAUCAAACCAUAACGACACGAUGUUCCACACCUUUGAGACAACGCAGUAUGCCAGCCCCGAACAAGCGGGUCAGUAUGCCAGCGCUGCUGCCAAACGGAGGACAUCUACUACGAGGGCGUGUGAAGCUUGUCGGAAGCGCAAGGCGCGGUGCAGUGGCGAGCAUCCAUGUGAGACCUGUCAAUGGUACCGAAAGGCCGCUUCGUGUCAUUACACCGAGCCUCGACAGCGGCAAAUGCCCACAAGGAGGUCCGUCGAGAAGAUAUCGCAGACUCUCCAAGAAUAUCGGGGUAUCCUACAAAAGCUCUACCCAAACGUCCACCCGGAUCAACUUCGAGGCCUCCCAAGAGACAAGCUUGUCGAGCUCAUCUCAAAGACUAGUCCGUUUCAGCCUCCCUCACCACAAACUCCCAGCACGGAAGGAAGGCCUUUUCCUAUCAACCCAGAUGCUGGUAGUUUGGAGCAGUUACAACCCAUGCCCGAAGAGCGCAACGAUGCAUCUGAUAGAAAAUCGGCUGCCUUGAGAGGUAUCACAGACGACGUCAAUGUACUCUCACUGUCGGUCAAGCAGAAUCCUUCAUACCUAGGCAUAUCAUCCGUCAUGGCCAUCUUGAGAGUCAUCACAUGGCUGGAUCCCGACUGUCUCAGCAAGUCGCCUGACCGGAGCGUCGUACCAAGCCGCGCAGCGUCUUCACCUCCCGAAGUCCAGAUAUUGCAGACGGAGACAUCACGUUAUGACCUGCCGACGUCUUCGGCCUGGGUCGAGAUACCGCUCAUCAAUGCGUACUUCACCCACGUCCAUCCUUUCAUCCCCUUGAUCGAGGAGCAGUGCUUCAGAGAGACAUAUAUGGCCGCUCAAAGGACAGACUCAAGGUGGCUGCUGCUCCUUAACACCGUGCUAGCCAUGGGCAGUGUUGCAUCUGGCACGUCCGAAGACGCGGGUCACCAAAUCUACUUCAACCGCGCCAAGCAGUUUCUUACCAUCGACACUCUGGACUCGGCACACCUGGAGACUGUGCAGGCGCUAGCCAUCCUCAGCGGGUUCUACCUGCAUUACGUACAAAUUCCGAACCAAGCCAGCGCGUUGAUGGGAGCUACCUUGAAGAUCGCAACGAUGCUAGGUCUACACCGCGACUAUUCCGAAGGUGUCGGCCCUGCGAAAGCCAAAGUCGAGAGAGCAGCGAACUCGAUCGAAAUGCGCCGGCGCAUCUGGUGGUGCACAUUCAUGCUUGACACCUGGGCUGCCAAUACGCUAGGCAGGCCGAGCAUGGGCCGCACCAGCCCUGCCAUCACGGCUAAGUCCCCACAAGAACCGAUUGGGCAGUCCUCAACGAUGCUCACACUGGUUCAGGAAAACAUUCGCUUCUGCAUCAUCAGCACGAAGAUGGAAGAUGCUCUGGCUAUCUGUCCGUUGCUUGACGAGCAUGAUCGCCACACCCUCGACGCCGCACACGUCGAAUGGUUCGGGAACUCGUCUGUGCAGAUGCAGGCCCCGAUAUCAGCCAACGAGCCGCCGGGCAUAACAACGCUCAAGAACGUCAUGCGUUGGCGAUACUAUACCAAUCGCAUAUUGUUGCACCGACCUGUCUUGCUAUGGUACGCCAUGCGGAAGAUUACUUGGGACAAACUCUCGGAAGAGAGGCGGACAGCUAUUGAGCUUUGUCGCGAGGCGUGCGCUGAUCUGAUACACGAUAUCACGAGCACGUGGCGAGGAUACAAGCCAUGCCAGAUGUCAGGCUGGAAUGCAGUCUGGCUGAUCUACCAGGCUGUCAUGGUACCUUUGUUGUCGCUUUACUCGGAUCCGUGGGAUCAAAGCGUCGUUGGGAACAGUCGACGACAGGUCGAGACGGCGAUCGCCACGAUGCGCGAUCUCCAAUGCUGGUCGACGACAGCGAAGCGGUCAAUUGAAGUCGUGGUUAGGCUGUACGAGGCUAGUAAGCGACAUUAUGGCGCAUUCCAAAUGAGCCAGGUCCAAGAUGUGUUCACGGACAUGACGCCGGCGUCCAGCGACACCUUUCGCCCGAGUUACAUUGACGUCACGUAUGCGAAUGCAUAUGGCGUGCCGCAGACAUUGAACACGGCCAGUCAGGACGUUUUCAUGGACGACAUGUUUGAUACGUUGAGGUGGAGUACCAGUUGGGAUAGUCCAAUUGGAGGCUCCUCGAUGAUGAAUGGAUGGGAUUAUGCUUCGAUGCAGAAUUGGGCGGGCAUGCCGCAAGGAGAGACUUAUGACUAUUUUGAUGUCCAUGGGUUUGGAGUGGAUUCGGGACGAUUGGGAUUUAGUGAUAUGGAUGUUGCUUCGUCUGUGCCAGCGGAAGAUGCCGCAGACUUGAUCAUGGGGCCUUACAGCCGUCAGAGUACGAGCUGAGAUGUAGAUACGUGACAUACCAAGGUUGGGUUGUGGGAAACGAAAAACCGAGUCCCGAACAUGAAGAGUGAUCGGCAUCUUUUGAUUGAAUCCGCUUGGUCUUUGAUCCUAAUAGUGGCUGGAUGUGGUUUUAAAAAAAAGGAGAGGGUGCUUCAUACGAUUCCACAUUUCUGCUGGCCUGGUCUAAGGCGCUCAAGAACUAUGGGAAGAUCUUGGUCGUGACUCGUGGUUCAGGGCGAUGCUCGAGCUCGAUAAUGCAUACUGAAU